AUGUCAUCUUCUCCAUCGCUUACAUCCAGGAUCCGGGGCUCCUUCCUUGGCCUUGCUGUCUGUGACGCUCUGGGAGCUCCAGCCGAGUUCUGUGUACGCGGCAGCUUUCCCACCAUCACAGGCAUGCAGGCCAACCCCAACUUCGGCCUGGGUCCUGGCUACUUCACCGACGACACCUCCAUGGCUCUCUGCCUGGCCCGCUCUUUUCUCGAGCAUGGACCUGAGACGAACAGCGUCGAUCAAGCGCGCAAAUAUCUGGCGUGGUACCAGGGUGGCUACCAAUCCUCGACCGGAAAGUGCUUUGACAUCGGAAACCUGACACGAGAGGCUCUGGGCGUGUGGAGGCAUGCCGUCAUCGUCGACGAUACAUACGGUGAGAGCGCGAAAUCGCCGCAUCCAUCAAAAUCCCAAGCAGCGAUACAGAGUGCCUUGACCACCAUCGACUCCCGCUUCAACCAAGACCGAUACUGUGGUAACGGGAGUUUAAUGCGAGUGUUGCCAGCCGCGCUGCUCUUCGGCCAAGACGACCCUACAGCUACCAAAGCUGCAGCGGACAGCUCUAGAGUCACACAUCCACACCCGCGCUGCGUCCUGUCCUGUGCACUCUAUACGAUACUAGUCGCGCAAGCCCUGCAAGAACCAAACCUGACCAAAGACAGUCUCGUGGGCUAUAUCUCAGACUACGUCUCUGCAGUAAGAAGCAAGAUAGAAGUCUCGACAUCCUCCAAAUCCACAACCGCUAGCGCUUCCUUUGUGGCCCGUUUCGAACCGUACGCCACGCUGGCCUCCUUCCACGACAAGCCUGCCGCGGAAAUUCGUAGCUCGGGCUACGUCGUGGACAGCCUGGAAGCGGCGCUCUGGGCAUUCUUCACGACCUCAAGCUUCCGCGAGGGCGCUGUCAGAGUUGUCAACUUGGGAGAUGACGCGGACACCGUGGGUGCCAUAUACGGUGGAUUGGCGGGCGCUUUCUACGGCGAUGAGGAGAUACCCGAGGAGUGGCUGCGGGAUAUGAAAAGACUUGACUUGGUGGAGGAUGUUGUCAGAGAGAUUGUGACAGUGAGGUCGAAAGACGACAAGGAGCAUGUGCGAGGAGACGUGAAGGAGAGGAUCCAGGCGAGUAUGCAUAUAUUAGGGCUCUAA